GGACCCAGCGGGGUCGGGCGAACGGGUGUUGACAGCCAUCGUUCUGAGCCGACUGGCGUUAGGACCCGGCGGGCGGCGUCGGCGCGUGGGGCGGCGCGCGUUGACAGCAGCGGCGGCGGGACGCGGCGGGCGGCGGGGCUCGGCGCCUCCGGUUCCUGGCCCGGCUUGAGAGGCGGCGGCGGCGGCCCGGGAUGGCUUUCAUGGAGAAGCCGCCGGCCGGCAAAGUGCUGCUGGACGACACGGUGCCGCUGACAGCGGCUGUCGAGGCGAGCCAGAGUCUGCAGUCGCACACGGAAUAUAUCAUUAGGGUACAAAGAGGAAUUUCCACGGAAAACAGCUGGCAGAUUGUUAGAAGAUACAGUGACUUCGAUUUACUUAACAACAGCUUGCAGAUUGCAGGCCUGAGUCUGCCUCUUCCUCCUAAGAAACUGAUUGGAAACAUGGACCGUGAAUUCAUAGCUGAGAGACAGAGAGGCCUGCAGAACUACCUUAAUGUUAUCAUGGCAAAUCAUGUCUUGUCCAAUUGUGAGCUGCUUAAGAAGUUCCUAGACCCGAACAACUAUUCUGCAAAUUACACUGAGAUCGCCUUACAACAGGUUUCCAUGUUCUUCCGAUCAGAACCAAAGUGGGAGGUGGUAGAACCACUGAAAGACAUAGGUUGGAGGAUAAGGAAGAAAUAUUUCUUGAUGAAAAUUAAAAAUCAACCAAAGGAACGACUGGUGUUGAGCUGGGCUGAUCUUGGCCCAGACAAGUACUUGUCAGAUAAAGAUUUUCAGUGUGUAAUCAAACUUCUGCCUUCCUGUGUGCACCCUUACAUAUAUCGGGUUACCUUUGCCACAGCUAAUGAAUCCUCAGCAUUGCUGAUUAGAACCUUUAAUGAAAAAGGAACGCUGAAGGAUCUGAUCUACAAGGCAAAACCAAAGGACCCCUUCCUAAAGAAGUACUGCAGCCCUAAGAAAAUCCAGGGCCUUGAACUCCAGCAAAUAAAAACAUAUGGACGGCAGAUAUUAGAGGUACUAAAGUUUCUCCACGACAAAGGAUUCCCUUAUGGCCAUCUUCAUGCAGCUAAUGUGAUGAUGGAUGGCAACACUUGCCGACUGCUAGAUCUUGAAAAUUCCUUAUUGGGUCUUCCUUCCUUCUACCGAUCCUACUUCACACAAUUCAGGAAAAUCAAUACACUAGAAAGUGUAGAUGUCCACUGCUUUGGCCACUUACUGUAUGAAAUGACUUAUGGACGACCUCCAGACUCCGUGCCUGUUGACUACUUUCCUCCUGCACCAUCCAUGGCUGUGGUGGCUGUGUUGGAGUCUACGCUGUCUUGUGAAGCCUGUAAAAAUGGCAUGCCUACCGUCUCCCGGCUUUUACAGAUGCCAUUAUUCAGUGAUGUUUUACUAACAACUUCUGAAAAGCCACAGUUUAAGAUUCCCACAAAAUUAAAAGAGGCGUUGAGAAUUGCCAAAGAAUGUAUAGAAAAGAGACUCGGUGAAGAACAGAAGCAGAUUCACCAACAUCGAAGACUAACGAGAGCUCAGUCACACCAUGGGUCUGAGGAAGAAAGGAAGAGGAGAAAGAUCCUAGCUCGAAAGAAAUCAAAACGAUCUGCUGUUGAAAACAGUGAGGAGCAGCCAGUGAAACACAACUCCACUAACUCAGCAGGAUCUGGGGCCAGCUCUCCUCUCACAUCCCCAUCAUCUCCAACUCCACCCUCCACAGCAGGGCUGUCUUCUGCAUUACCUCCACCUCCUCCUCCACCUCCGCCUCCACCAGCAGGUCACUCAACAACCUCAGGCACAGAGAUACCUGCCCCACUCCUGCCCCAGGCUGUGAAUGGUGUGAACCGUGGGGCCUUGCUCAACUCUAUCCAGAAUUUCCAAAAGGGAACUCUAAGGAAAGCCAAAACCUGUGAUCACAGUGCUCCUAAGAUUGGCUGAUGUUUCCUGUUUACACUGGGCAAGCUCUUCUGUCCCACUCUCACCCAACUUCCUCUUCCUAGGUGAGUCCUUGCACAGCCUCCCUCAAGUCCCUUCCUUGGGUGAGUCCUUGCAGAGCCGGUACAGCCAGUCUUGCAAGAGGGAAAUGCUCUCCAAGUAGAAUAAAGUGGGGCCAGCAUCGCUGCCUUAACAUUUUA